CAUUUUUUUAGAAUGUUGUAGCAGCUUCGCGAAUAAUCUCUGGUCUUUUAUAAAACCAACCAGCGAUUAGCCGAUUCUUUCUCUUCUCUUUUAUAAAACCAACCAGCUAUUACAAGCAUAAAGGUUUCGAUUUUAGUAUCUUCUCUCUCUCUCUCUCUCUCUCUCUCUCUCUCUCUCUCUCUCUCUCUCUCUCUUUCUUUUGUUCCAAGUUGUUUUUCGGUGAAAGCGUUCUUCAAUGGCAAAAGACGGACCCAAUUGGGAUGGAUUGCUUAAAUGGAGUCUCUCUCACGCCGACGGUACUCGACCAACUCGCCAGUUGAGUGAGGAGGAUAGAAAAUGGUUUAUGGAGGCUAUGCAAUCGCAGACUGUAGAUGUAGUCAAACGCAUGAAGGAAAUAACACUAGUUAUGCAAACACCUGAGCAAGUUUUGGUGGAUCAUGGAGUAACACCUGAAGAUAUCGAAGAUUUGCUGGAUGAGUUGCAGGAGCACGUUGAAUCGAUCGAUAUGGCUAACGAUCUUCAUUCGAUUGGAGGCUUGGUUCCUCUUCUCGGAUUCCUUAAAAACUCUCAUGCUAAUAUCCGAGCAAAAGCUGCUGAUGUCGUAAGCACAAUAGUUCAGAACAAUCCUCGAAGUCAGGAAUUAGUUAUGGAAGCCAAUGGUUUGGAGUCACUGCUAUCAAAUUUCACCUCAGAUACAGAUAUUCAUGCUCGAACUCAAGCUCUCGGCGCAAUAUCAUCUUUGAUUCGCCAUAACAAACCCGGAGUCACGGCUUUCAAGCUAGCCAAUGGUUAUGCUGGCCUUAGAGAAGCUUUGGCAUCUAAUAGUGUGAGAUUUCAAAGGAAAGCCUUAAACUUGUUGCAAUAUCUUCUGCAAGAUGAUGAUUCUGACCGCAGUAUUGCCACUGGACUCGGAUUUCCUCGAGUUAUGAUGCAUCUCGCGUCUAGUGACGACUCUGAGACUAGAGAAGCCGCUCUUCGCGGAUUGCUUGAGCUUGCAAGAGACAGAAACGAUGGAAGCGGAUGUAGCAGCCUAGAGAAAGGUGAUGAGAAGCUGAGGCAGCUUCUGGAAGAACGGAUUAAAGGAAUUAGCUUGAUGUCACAAGAAGAUCUUGGAAUGGUUAAAGAAGAGAGACACCUCGUGGAUUCACUGUGGGGCAUUUGCUACAACGAACCUUCUUCUCUGAGAGAGAAAGGGCUUCUUGUUCUUCCCGGUGAAGAUGCGUUACCUCCUGAUGUCGCAAGCAAGCUCUUUGAGCCUCCUCUCAGAGCUUCUGCAGCAAACCGUAAUGCCACUGAGAAGAAAGAGGAACCUCUGAAGCUACUUGGACCCGCACCAUAGGCGAGAACUUAGAAGCUAAAUUUUAUCUUCUUGUUUUUCUUGUAACUUCUCAAGAAUUCAGAAAAAUUUCAUAGAUUUCAAUGUCAAGAAUCUACUGUUUGUUCAA